UUGAGGUUAGUCAGCCCAUCUUCUUCUUCCUUUCCUUGGUUCAAUGAGUUAAAAAGAGUCAGUUUUUAUACGCAACGACGAAAUCUCUCGCCCCCCAAGGGUUUCGCCGUCUUGAAUCCUUACAUUUCUCUGCAUAUUCUCUGUCUGUAGAUACGCUCCCUUUCAGAUCUCCAAAUCUCAACUUCACCCCGCUUCGAUCGACCUUCAUUUUAUUCCUCUCUUCCUUCGGAGAUCCGUUGAGAGAGAGAGAGAGAGGGUCACUCGGGGAUUUGUUUGUUUGAGCUGUUUGUUGGUGGUGGCUGCUUGUUUGGGAUUUUUUUGCUGCUUUUUUUGGAUCUCGAGAUCACAACUAGUAUACGGAUGAUAAAUUGAAUUUCUUGAUUCUGAGAUGGAUGUGGAUUUUAACGGUGAUUUGGGUUCUUUUGAUGCUGAAUUAUUGCUGCUUACAGAAGUCUCACCUUUGGCUCUUAAGUCGAAUCCUUACUUUGCUGAAAAGCUUUUUGACCAGUGGCUUUCACAACCUGACACUUCUCUACUGGUGAAAUCAUUACUUACAAAUGCAAAGGCUGGUGUUCCCUUGAACGUUCCUGGAACAUCUUCUAGUCCGAAAGCUUCUUCAAGUAAUUCACUGCCUUCCAUGUUUCCUGCUGGCAGUGCACCACCACUAUCACCAAGAAGUUCAUCUGGUUCAUCUGGCUCUCCUCGCACCGUAAAACAGAGAUUGGGCCCCUCUAUUUUAGGGUCUCCUCUAAAAUCGGUUCCUGAGCCCCAUAAGGAACUUAUUCCUCAGUUUUACUUCAAAAAUGGAUGCCCUCCUCCUAAUGAAAUCAAGGAAAGAUGCUUGUUUAGAAUAAAUCAGUUUUUCUAUGGCCAUGUUGAUGGACUACAGAUUAACGAAUUUAAGCCAUUGACAAGGGAAAUUUGCAAGCUCCCGUCUUUCCUCUCAUCAGCAUUAUUUAGACAUAUAGAUGUCAACUGCUCUGGUUAUGUAACGAGGGAUGCUUUUGUUAAUUAUUGGGUCAUUGGUGGCAUGUUGAUGAAGGACACAGCAACCCAGAUUUUCAUAAUACUAAAGCAGUCAGAUCAUAAAUAUCUCAUUCAGGAUGACUUUAAAUCCGUGCUUCAAGAACUUUUGGCUACUCAUCCAGGGUUGGAGUUCUUGCAAAGCACACCUGAAUUUCAAGAAAGAUAUGCUGAAACUGUUAUACACAGAAUAUUUUUCUACGUUAAUAGAUCAGGUAAUGGCCGCCUUACACUCAAGGAGCUGAAACGUAGCAACUUGAUUGCUGCCAUGCAAAAUGCAGAUGAAGAGGAGGACAUUAACAAGGUUCUAAGGUACUUCUCGUACGAACAUUUCUAUGUAAUCUACUGCAAAUUCUGGGAGCUUGACAGCGACCACGAUUUCUUAAUAGAUAAAGAGAACCUUAUUAAAUAUGGGAACCACGCACUUACCUACAGGAUUGUGGAGAGAAUAUUUUCUCAGAGCUCUAGGAGGUUUACUAGCAAAGUAGAGGGAAAAAUGGGAUAUGAGGAUUUUGUUUACUUCAUACUGUCUGAGGAGGAUAAAACUUCUGAUCCUAGCCUCGAAUUCUGGUUCAAAUGCAUAGAUUUGGAUGGGAAUGGGAUAAUAUCUCGGAAUGAAAUGCUAUUCUUUUACGAGGAGCAGUUGCAUCGUAUGGAAUGCAUGGCUCAGGAGCCUGUUCUCUUUGAGGAUAUUUUGUGUCAGAUUGUUGAUAUGAUUGGACCAGAGAAUGAGAGCUACUUUACAUUACGUGACUUGAAGGGCUGUAAGCUCUCAGGAAGUUUUUUCAAUAUCCUUUUCAAUCUUAAUAAGUUCUUGGCUUUCGAAACUCGCGACCCAUUUCUUAUUCGCCAGGAGCGAGAGAAUCCACACUUGACGGAGUGGGAUCGUUUUGCUCACAGGGAGUAUAUUAGGCUUUCUAUGGAAGAAGAUGCUGAGGAUGCAUCUAAUGGAAGUGGUGAUGUUUGGGAUGAAUCACUUGAGUCCCCAUUUUGAGUUCCAGAUGGAAUUCAGGAAGCAGCUCUUAGCUUCAGACUGUUGUUAAGCUGCUACCCAACUGACAAAAAAAACAUUUUUUCGCUGGACUGUUAUUGAAGGAAAUCGAAAGGGGAGGAGGGUUGAUUGUUGUAUUUUAAUACUUGGUGGUGUAGUGAGAAUAUCUUUGAUGCCAAGUGGUUGGGAAAAUAGGAAAAAUAUCAGUAAGUGCGCUCUCGACAAAUGUUAGUGCAGUUGUGUUGAUUUUAGUAAGUUAAUAGUGAGACUAUUAGACUUCUGUCAAACUUUUGUAUUUUGGCUUUGAUUCAAAAUUCCUGACAGGCUCUUGAAUAAUGCCCAUAGGAUUAUAAAUAUAUAUUUAUUCAAUUCUGUUUUGGUUUUGUACUGUCCUUGUUUCUUGUUAUGCAAAUAUUAUUUAUUGACUUGUAUUUGAAGUGUUAAUGUAUUUACAUUUACUUUAUAUUUUGGGAAUGGAUUCAUCUGUUGUA